UUCGCAUCCUCAACCCGGAGCUCUCCAUCAACCUGCCAAUGGAUUGCGCGGCCGUUUGUCGUUUUGGGCAGCAAUGAGCGCGCACGGCAGCGCCGGCAAAUUUCGCUACUUUAGCUAAACGCUCCGAAUUCUCCGCACUUUGCGCCAAUCCGUCGGUCUUUGCUGACUCGUCUCAUUCGGUAAUCGCGACCCAUCUGGGCCCAUCCAGUCAACUUUUGGCCUCCGAGCGGUCCCUGGUACCCAGCAGGUCCAGCAAAUGAGCCUCACAAAUCCGCCGUCAACAGCGACAGGCCCGGGGUCGGUCUCCGCCGUCCGAACCCAGACGUUGAAGAGGAGCGUGCAGGCCGCUUUUGAAGAUCCGGCGGACCGCGGGACCGGGGCCACGGGCUACCAGAGCAAGGUCAGGGUGACGGACAAGUACAAGGUCAUCGGCUUCAUUAGCAGCGGAACGUAUGGCCGCGUUUACAAGGCGCUGGGCCGCCAUGGCCAGCAGGGCGAGUUUGCCAUCAAGAAGUUCAAGCCGGACAAGGAAGGCGAGCAGGCGUCGUACACGGGCAUCUCCCAGUCAGCGGUUCGCGAGAUGGCUCUCUGUUCCGAGCUCAGCCAUCCCAACGUGAUCCGGCUCAUCGAGAUCAUACUCGAGGACAAGUGCAUCUUCAUGGUGUUUGAGUAUGCCGAGCACGACCUCCUCCAAAUCAUCCAUCACCACACCCAGCAACCACGCCACCCCAUCCCGCCGAGCACCAUCAAGAGCAUCAUGUUCCAGCUGCUCAACGGCUGCCAGUAUCUGCACUCCAACUGGGUGCUCCACCGCGACCUGAAACCGGCAAACAUCAUGGUCACGUCGAGUGGCGAAGUCAAGAUUGGCGACCUCGGGCUGGCCCGUCUGUCCUACAAACCCCUCCAUAGCCUCUACAGCGGCGACAAGGUGGUGGUGACCAUCUGGUACCGCGCCCCGGAGCUGCUCCUCGGCAGCCGCCACUACACCCCGGCCAUCGACAUGUGGGCCGUCGGCUGCAUCUUUGCCGAGCUGCUCUCGCUUCGGCCCAUCUUCAAGGGUGAGGAGGCCAAGAUGGACAGCAAGAAGACGGUACCAUUUCAGCGCAACCAGAUGCAAAAGAUUGUUGACAUUCUGGGCCUGCCCACCAAGGAGCGCUGGCCGCUGCUGACGAGCAUGCCCGAGUAUAGCCAGCUCCCGACGCUGCAGCCUCCGGUCCCGCACGGGGGCGGCGGCGGCGGCGGCGGUGGGCACCAUCACCACCACGGCCAUCACCACUCCCACCAUUACCAGACGCACCAGCGCCAGGCAGCCGGUGCGGGGGUGAGCCACCUUGAGAAGUGGUACUACAACACCAUCAACCAGCAGACAGGCGGGUCCGGACCCGGGGCGGGCACGAGCCCGCUGGCGAGCCUGGGCGCCGAGGGCUACAAGCUGCUGGCGGGACUGCUCGAGUAUGACCCGGAGAAGCGGCUGACGGCCGCGGCGGCGCUGCAGCACCCCUUCUUCAGCACGGGUGACCCGGUCAGCGCGAACUGCUUCGAGGGGCUCAAGACCGAGUACCCACACCGCCGAGUCAGCCAGGACGACAACGACAUACGCACGAGCUCCCUGCCGGGGACGAAGCGAAGUGGGUUGCCGGACGACUCACUGAGGCCGGGAAAGAGGGUCAAGGAGGGAUAGCUGAGGAGACUCGAUUGCGUCGAUAUUUUUCUUUCCUUGCCUUUUUUUGUCUGUCUUACACCGGGAUAGCGUAAUGAGUUGAGGCAUUAGUUUGGCGUUCAGAUGGCGUUGGGAAAGGAGCUCGAAAGCAUGUGUUUGGCGUCUUCCACACGGGAUGGGGUGUAUGAGGGCGGCCUAAUCAGGAAGCUUAAGGUAGAGCUGAAAGUAGAAGAGGUACAUAGGGGAUGAGGGUCUUCUAGUCGACAA